GCGCGUCACAGAUCAUCGCAGCUCGCCAGCCGUGCAACCAUACUGCUCCCGGUGACUACACUCCUGCGAGCUGGCUGCGUGAGGCAAAUCUGCUCCCGGAAGCCUCCCCAGAACAUUCACCUCCUCUGGGGCUGCUUCGUCCACGGCAAGCACAAUCUUGGCCGCUUCAGGCCCUCGACAGCCAUGCCGGCCUCCAAGAAGAUGGAGCCGCGCUUCAAGACGAUCCAGAAGUUCAGUCUUGACUAUGCUCCCGUCAGCAUCACACAGUAUGAAUCCCCCCGAACGGGCAUGCGAAUAGCUGUUGUGGAUCGAGCUGGGCCCAAGGUCGAAGGUGAAUUCGCUCUUGCCACCGAGAUCAAUGAUGACUCGGGCUCACCGCAUACCCUUGAACACUUGGUGUUCAUGGGCUCCAAGACGUACAAGUAUACGGGCCUGCUUGACCGAUUGUCGUCAAGAGCCUUUUCCACCACGAACGCGGGCACCGCUACAGACUACACAUCCUAUUCCCUCAAGACGGCUGGCUGGGGAGGUUUUGCACAGAUUCUGCCUGUGUAUCUCGAGCACUUGAUCGUGCCUACGUUGACUGAUGCAGGAUGCUACACCGAAGUGCAUCACAUCGACGGCACAGGCCACGACGCCGGUGUCGUCUACUCUGAAAUGCAAGCUCGUGAAAACACCUCAUAUGAUCUGAUGGAGCUUCAGCGAAGACGGCUCCUCUAUCCAGAAGGUAAUGGCUUCCGUUCGGAGACGGGUGGCACAACGCCGGAAUUACGACGUCUCACAGCCGACCGCAUACGAGCAUACCAUAAGGAGAUGUACCAGCCCAAGAACCUGAGGGUGAUUAUAACAGGCGACAUCGAUCACGAUGAGUUGCUGCAGAUCUUGGACGACUUUGAGACAUCGAUCGUGGACGAUGUUCCCACACUUGACGCUCCGUUCCGCAGACCUUGGGUUGAUUCUAAGCCAACUCCAAAAUUGACCGAAACCAAGGUGGAUACUAUCAAGUUUCCUGAGGAAGACGAGUCGAUGGGUGAAAUCACUAUAGGUUACCUGGGACCGAGCUGUGAUGACGCUGUUGCGAAUGCAGCCCUCUCCGUGCUGAUGACAUAUCUCGCCAACUCCCCGAUCAGUGUGCUCGAGAAUACUCUCGUGGAGCGCGAGCAAUUGUGCAGUGGUGUCUACUUCGAAGUGGAGACAAGGCCUGAUGUUGUAAUUUGGUUCGAUUUGACCUCAGUGGAAACCGGACGACUACGCGAAGUAUAUCAGCGCUUCGUCGAGGUCAUAAAGGAGACAGUAGCGAAGCCGCUAGACAUGACAUAUCUACAAGACUGCUUGAAGCGGGAGCGAAGGCGCAUCACUGAACAGGCCGAGAAUGCUGAAGACUUCUUUACUCAGCCAAUCAUUGAGGACCACUGUUUCAGCGCGCGGGAUGGGCGAUUCCUGAAGGAUUUGGAGAACAUGAAUGAGCUUGACGAGAUUGCCAAGUGGUCGGAAAAGCAGUGGAGAGACUUCCUCAAGAAGUACUUCGUGGACGCGCAUCAUGUUUGUGUGCUCGGACAACCUUCUCACGAGCUUCAAAAGCAGCUAGCGGAUGGAGAAAAAGCUCGAGUGAAGGCACAGCAAGAGAAGCUUGGAGAGGAGGGACUCAAGCAGCUGGCCGAGAAGCUUGAGCAGGCCAAAGCUGAGAAUGGCAAAUCCAUUCCCGAUUCUAUGCUCGAGCAGUUCCCGCAGCCGAGCGCAGAAUCUGUCAACUUCAUCAGCACUGGAACUGCCCGUUCCGGUCUCGCUCGUCAGAUGGGGUCUGGCGACAAGGAUGCACAAGCAAUCAUUGAUCGCGCUGAUGAUGGGUCGUCAACAUUCAUUCAUUUUGAGCACAUUCCUUCGAAUUUCGUUCGAAUCAAGGUGUAUUUCGGCACAGCAAGUGUGCCAGACGAGCUCCGACCCAUACUGAGCCUCUACAUCACGAACUUCUUCACCACUCCGGUCACAAUAGACGGCAAACGAAUCGAGUUUGAGGAUCUAGUUUCGGACCUGGAGAAGUUCACCACAGCUUACUGGAUGGAUUCCAGCUCAAGCGGGAGACAGCAGAUGCUUGGCCUCACGAUGAUGACAGAACCGGCGACUUAUCAGCAGGCCAUCUCUCGUAUACGGACUGUCUUCUUCGAUGCCAUCCACGACCCAGUGCGACUUCACGCGACUUUGACGAAGCUCUUGGCCGAUCUACCUAGCGAAAAGCGUGCUGGCGAUAGCAUGGCUUGGGCAGUGAACAGUAUGAUCCACUCCAAUCGGUCUGCGAAUCGACGUGCUACAUCGGCGCUCACCAAGACAUUGUACCUCAAGCGCUUGAGGAAGCUGCUAAAGACCGACGAGAAAGCAGUCAUUGCCAAGCUCGAACAGCUCUGCUCGGCACUUCACAGACCAGAGAACUUCCGCGUGUACGUGGCUGCGGACUUGAAUAAACUUGAGAACCCUGUCACGGCAUGGAAAGCGCUCACAGAUGGCCUCGACACAUCAAAACCUCUCGAGCCCCUUGACGAUUCGUCCAAGACGCUCUCCGAAGUCAGCAAGAAUCCUGGAUCAGCAGCAUAUAUCGUUUCGAUUGCAGCAAUCGAUAGCUCGUACAUUGUGCUCACAUCCAAAGGCCCUUCAACCUAUUCCGAACCGGAUCUCCCAGCACUGAUGGUCGCCAUUGCUUUCCUACGCGCAGUCGAAGGCCCUCUUUGGACCUCCAUCCGCGGUACAGGUCUUGCAUACGGUGCCACUAUCCGCCGUACCAUCGAACUCGGCAAGCUCUAUUUCUGGAUCGAUCGCUCACCUGAUUGCUAUAAAGCUUUCGUCGCUGGCAAAGAUGAAAUCGAAGGCUAUGCAAACGGCACCAAAGAGCUCAAGAAGCUUGCUAUCGAAAGCGCGGUUGGGGAGAUUGUCUAUGAAAUGGCAGAAGAGGCACCAACUAUGGGCGUGGCUGCUGACGAGAGCUUCUCUGGACAGGUUCUGAGAGGCGUGUCGAAGACGUGGUCGAAAGACAUGCUGAAGAAGAUCCAAGCGGUGUCCGUGGAAGAAGUGCGAGAGUCGAUCCGGAAAUGGUUGCUGCCACUUUUCGAUCCCAAGACUGCGAAUAUGGUUGUUACUUGCGCGACAAGUAUGAAGGAGAAGAUGGAGGAAAAUUUCUCGAAGGCCGGAUUCCAGGUUCAGGUGAAGGAGUUGUCAUUCUUUGAGGACGACUACGGACUUGAAGCUCCUGAGGGCGAUGAUGACGACGACGACGAGGACGAGGAUGAUGACGAUGAUGAAGAUGACGACGACGAAAGCGAAGAAGGCGACGACUGAUGAGAAACAGAGAUCAUGAGCACUGUGUGUUUCUCUUGCUGGGCGGACAGGUUGCGCUUACGAUAAGGCACUCGCGUCCAGAACGAAAUCGUGUCUGCCUGUAUGAAAUGGGGAGCAUGUCUAUACUCAAUUACUAGCGGCUAGGUGAGCGCUCAUCGCUGCACGAACGAUGAACACACGUGGCUACAUGCAAUGUAGCGCCAAUGUGAGUCCAACACUAGGCUACUACAAGGUCCACGUGUAAUAUGGUCCCAACUGCAAGUCCACUCUCCAUAGGAUUAUUGAUUGCGCGUCCGGCCACGUACGUUCGAGUUACAUAGCCAAUUUGCCGCAUGCCAGUGACAGAAAGGCAAUCAAGCAAAGGGUACCUCGCCAUUUAAUUGCCAACAAGAAAUACAACAAUAAC